AUGAUGAAUCGAUAUCAUUUCAUUUCUUUUCUCUCGUUCGGAUAUAGCGGUCACCCUGAAAUUUGGUACUAUCGGAUAGAGAAGUGCGAUAUUGUGAAUCACUCAUCGCGUAUUAACCAGCAGUCAUAUUUCAUAAAUGAAAUGAAAGUGACUACGGGAUCCAUUUUGUGUACAGAUCAUGAAAUUGCUAUUAAAACUCAGCCUUAUUCAUCAAAAAAGAAAGAAUAUGGCGAACCUCCUGACGUCUUCUGUCUUGAUUCAUCUUCUAUAGAAUUUUUGUAUUCGAUAUUUGACAAUCGAUUUUCUGCCAAAACAAUACCAGUAGAAACAAAUACAAGUGAGUCAUGUAAGGUAAAUCGCCAAAAUCAGAAACUGGUUCCAUGUCUGCCUUGGCAACAGUCUCUACAUCGUGUUCGUGGUAGAGUCAAAUACCACAUAGGAAGACUGACGAAUCUUAAGAAAACUAUUGGGUCUGACAAGUUGGAUGACUGUGAGCAAGAAAUCUUAAAACAAAAUCAGGCAAAAGAAAUUUUCAACAAGAUACACAACAGACAUGUGCAAAUGCUGAAAGAACUGCCAAAUGCUGGAGUAACCGAACUUAUGGAACAUGAAAUAGAUCGUUUUGCGAACGGAUUGCCGGUAUAUAGCAUCAGAGAAGACAUCAAGAAUAUACUGUGCAAUCAGGGAAGAGUAUUGCUUAUUGUGGCAGGUACUGGUUCAGGUAAAAGUACACAAAUUCCGCAGUAUUUAUUAUUCGAUGGUAUCAUUGAUUCUUCAAAGAAAAUUCUGUGUAGUCAACCACGCAAGACUGCUGUACAUGAACUAGCCAUGAGAGUGAAGAAAGAAACAUCACUGAAUAAUUACUGUUUCGUGAACGUCCCCGUAUAUAAAGAAAAUGGGAAUAAACCUAAUCUGGAUGCAAAAAUAAAUUUCAUAACAGUGAAGCAUCUUUUGGAUUGUAUAAAACAAGAUCCUAUAUUGUCACAGUUUGGAUGCGUUGUGAUUGAUGAAGUUCAUGAGAGGACUGUCUAUACUGAUUUAUGUUUAGGGAUGAUGAAAAAAAUACUUAAAUUGCGAUCGGAUAUGAAAUUGGUGAUAACUUCUGCAACACUAGACCCAGAAUUAUUAUUAAAUUAUUUCGCUGAGUUCCAAGCAAAAAAGCUAGAAAUUCCAGGACAUCAUUACUCCGUCAAGAUUUGUUACGAGCCACCCUUUUCUAGAUGCAAAGGAACUAGAACUUUAAUACAGGAUUAUAUUGAUCGAACAGUGGAAAAAGUAGUAGAUAUUUGUAAGAGUGAAGCUGAGAAGCAGCCUUUUGAAGAAGAUAUUGCUUGGGAAGAUGGCUUGGAAAUGCAUGCAGCACACAUUAUGGCUUUUUUGCCAAAUUCUUAUGAAACGCUAAUAGCUGAAGAACGCCUCUCCGAGCGACUAGCGGAACUUGAGCAUAGUGUGAACGUGAAAAUCAUGACAUUACAUGGAAAAAUGCCAGAUGAAGAUCGAAUUGAAGUUUUUGCUCCUUUGCAGCCCGAAUAUCAUCAUAAGGUUAUUUUUGCAACAAAUGUCGGUGAAACUUCAAUUACUAUUCCAGGUGUUCGAUACAUUGUAGAUUGUGGCUUGGCGAAGGUGAAAAAGUUUGAUACUAUAAAACGAAAUUAUGUCCUAGAACUGAGUUUGAUAUCGAAGUCUGCAGCAGAACAACGGACUGGAAGAGCUGGGAGAACAGCACCAGGAAUUUGUUAUCGUCUUUACUCGAAAGAGCAGUAUGAGGAAAUGGAAUCCAGAAACGUUCCAGAGAUCCUUCUUACCAACCUUAAUGAAGCAGUAUUGCAUAUGAUAGCAGCUGGUGUUAUGGACCCAGCGGAAUUUGAUUUUGUUGAAAAACCGAAUUCAGGAGUUUUGAUGCAUUCGAUGUCACUUUUGAGGUCGUUGAAAGCCAUUGAGUGCCGCGAAAGUAUGUUGGUUUUAACCCAGCUGGGUAAAAAGAUGCAGCAAUUACCUGUGGAACCACGUCUCGCAAAAAUGGUUUUAGAUUCUGUGCAGUACGAUUUAGUGUCUGAAGCAGCGAUUAUCUGCGCAUCUAUUCAUGUCGGGUCGCUUUUCAAUCGUACGAAUAAACAAAAUAAUUUUAUUCUAGCAGAUCAAAAGAAACUAUCAUUUUGUGAAGAUAGUGGUGAUCCAAUGACACUUUGCGGUAUUCCUGCAAUAUAUAAGAACACCAAAAAGUCGAUUCAAAUAUUGGUGUUUUGA